AUGCCUUCUCUGAGCCAAAACCUCCUCUUCGCGGCAACGGCGAUUGGGUCUGUGAGCGCUGCCUUCGGUCCUGCAUUUAGCACUGGCCCUACUUCUUCGGACACUUACAUCGCCGAGUCAAUUUCCACACUUGUACUGCCUCGCGCUCCAAGUGGCAGCAGUGGAGAUCUUUCGCUGUGGGUUGGAAUGGGUACAUCGGCUGGAGACCUUAUUCAAUCCAUUGCUGAUAACUACCAAUCUGACUCCUGGAGUAUCUUUGCCUAUACAUUGAAAGAGACGAGUGCCGAUUCACAAGAGGUUAUCCAAGGACCCUCUUCGACUGCUACACCCGGAAACCGUGUGACCAUGCACUACAAAUUCAUCGAGUCUUCCGGAAAUUAUACCCAAACAGUCCUCGUCAACAACAAGACCGUUUCGACUCUGUCAACCAGCGACGGAGUGGCCCUAGGCUGGGGAAGUGCGGUGGAAUGCGCGGCAACAGACUGUGGCACUGUGGAUGCUCAUCAUUGGAUCAACACCAAGAUUAUUCUCUCCGCCGCAGAUCCAGAUUACAUUGAUACAUUGGCUUUGGGUGAUGGUGUCACUGCUAACAUGACCACCUCUGACAAUGGCAAGACCUGGACUGUCCCCAGAAUCGAUAUUCCCGAGUACACUUUCACGUCGUAA